UUCUCCGUCAACAAACGUCCGUCAACCCACCUCUCUACAUUUCUCCUUAUCCUCAUUCAACCAAAUACAUCCCGUUGGUUGGAUAAUUGGGUUAAGGCUCAGCACCCGCUUCGUCACGCUCAAAGGCCGGGUAGCCGCCGGACGUCUGCUUUCCUCAAAUGCGUGCUUCUCGUCAUCUUCUCCCCACCAUUAAAUAAUGAAUUUCUAUCCAUCUCCAGUGAAGUACAACUUAUGACAACCGAAGAGGCACUCUUCUACUCUUCUCCUGUUGACACGAUAUCAAUUUGCAAUUGUGAAAUACAUUUCAAAGGUGAAGACUGAAGCCUGGUUGUAUUAUUAGGUUUAUUCUGAGCUCAAACAGGUCCAAGUACACUUUGGAGACCAUUGGUGAACAUCACAAGUGCAAGGAAGGUGCAAGAAUACAAGAAAAAAAGUGAAGAUCUCGUUUUUGGUCUGUACCCGGUCAAGUAUGACCUAUACCCGGUCGGGUACCCUUCUGAAAAAUCGAAUCAAAUCAAAUCCGGGAACAAGGCAUCAUGCGGGAAGAUUUUAACACGUUCGGGUGUCCAUACCCGAUCGGGUGACCGACAGACCCGAUCGGGUAUGACCCAUUUUCCAGCUUCGAAGAAGCCACCUUUUAUACCCGAUCGAGUGAGCUGAAAGCCCGAUCGGGUACACGACCCUGCAGGCCUAAAAAACCUAUAAAUACACCCCAUUUCCUCCACAAUAAACCACCA